CACAAGUCCAGCGAUUAUCAACAGAAUUAGAGAAUUAGGUGCUUCCAGCUAUUGAACCACCUUAGCGCUACGGAGCUGCCUAUAGUUCACCGCUCAUACUUAGCGUUAUACAUCGCUCGCCCGACCAGACCCAGACGCGAAGAGAAUCCUUGAUCUAUCAGCUGCCCGGAGCGAAGCUCCCGCUUGCCGUUGGAACCGAAGCCCUGCUUGCACCGUGAAGUCCACCUGAAGAACCCGCUUGGCCACCUGGAUCGAGCUACCCUUCCUGGCGGUCGACACCGACGGUUCCCUUCGCGGCAGAGACGACACCGGUUGCCCGAGGCCGGUCAACGCAAAGAAGAUGAGGACUCUCCUGCUCCUGACGCUCGUGCUGGGGACGAUCGUCGCGGCCCCUGAUGUGAUCUCCCCCGGACCUACCUCAGGAGUAGUUCUUAGGGAUAAUUCGGGACUACUAAUCACAAACUGCCGGUUACAUACCCAAAGGGUGUUUGUACGACUGAACCCGGAGGAAGUAUGUAAAAAGAACUUCCCUGAUUGGUCCCGCCAAGUGGGGUGGGCUGGGCAUUGGUGGGUACGAGAGGCAGUAAGCCAUGCCGAACGAGACACCACCCACAUGCUACAACAGCUGCAAAAAUUUGCGGUCACACAGUCUGAACUGAAUGGGGCUCAAAAGAGAUCCAAACGGUUUCUUGCAGGUUUAUUAACUGCUGCCGCCGCUGUAGGCUCACUCCUUGGCGUCGGCACAUCCGCUGUUAAUGCCGUGGGCCUAGCCACGGUCCGCCGUAAUGUAGGGGAACUACAGGCAGAACUACCACACAUCAAGGACCAAAUAGACACCCAACAGAGACAGCUACAGGCAAUUGGACAAACUUUACAGGGUACCAUUGUGGUCCUCAAUACCCACACGGUAGCUUUAAACAAAACUCUGCAAACGAUCACCUCCCUGACCCGGGCAAUCCAGGCAGAUAUGGCUCACAUCCAAGUGAUUAACAUGCUUUUGAAUGACAUGCUACAGGAAGUGGGAUCCUCAGUAGACAGUCUAGCUAUGGGCAAGAUACCAGCUUAUCUGGUGCCUUUAACCCUGGUACAGGAAAUCCUCAGUCGGGCUACCCGAGAGGAAGUUACUGAUCUCCAAGCACAUUUAGCCUAUACACUCGGAAGUGCAGUACCUCUUUAUGUCAAUCCAGAAAAUAGAGAAGUAGCUUUUCUGGUCAACUUACCUAUAAUAGCUGCGGAAAACAUUUAUCGCUUAAAGGAAGUGGUAAAUGUUGGGUUUUGGCAAAAAGAAGCACACAUCAAAAUUCAGACUCCGACCUUGGUAGCUUACCAAGACAGCAAUCCUGGACUUUAUCUGGCCCCAAAUUUGCGCAUGUGUACUCUGUCCAAGGAUAUACACUAUCUCUGUCCCAGUAAACCGUUCACUCGAGAGGGUGCCGGCAAUCUUUGUGGCCUUAAGCCCAUGCUCACUAAGGACCAGUGUCCUGCCACUGUCACUCAUAGGUACCAACAGGUCGAGACUCAGGUUGAAAUCGUAGGGAGCCGGUGGCUGGUAAAUACUGCGGCACGGGAAGCUGUGUUGUCCUAUGACCAGCAUGAUAUCGAUGAACGUAUUCCCCUUCCGGAACAAACAUUUUGGGUAGACGUACCACCUGGGGCUACUCUGCAUGUUGGGGAAUGGUCCCUGUACCACUUAGUACCUGAUCAAUAUGAGAGUGAAAUUGAGGUGUCUGAUUUCUUUACUACCCACUCCUUAGAACUCAGCCCUGACACCCUUGGUCGGAUACAGUAUGAGGGUCCCCAGUCUAUCGAUUUGACCCCCAUCAAUAAUGUCUUAAAAGAGAUCGAGUCGCGUCCCACAUGGACAGUCCAACCUGUAAGAUACUCCUGGUCAUUGCCCGAUACCUUGUUAGCUGCGCUGGUAUGUCUGGGGUAUGUAGCAACCUUUGGUAUAACGUGUUUUUAUCGUAGGAAGACCGUGAAGCUACAGAGACAAAUGGAUUCAUGGUCGGGUAAGGUGGUUAGAUUUGUGAGACGUAGAAGGGGGGGUCAAGAAGUGUCAGUGGAAACUCAGGAGGACGCAACUGAUGAACCUAUGCAGGUAGCUGCAGUAAGGGAAGUGGUUUAGCUCUGGUUUGGAUAACGCUAAUGCAGCCUGUUGUGUACUGACCAGCAAAUGCCACCAGUAAGAGUUGAGAUACCCAGUAACCUCUUUUGUCCACAGCUAUCUACGUCAUCUCAUCGACUGAUAACCUGGAUCUCUGCUGAUUAUCACCCGAUGGGGGGGGAUAUGUAGCAGAUAGCUUGAUAUCUCAUUGUGAAAUCACACUCUGUUCCCCUAAAUCCACUUAAGAGAUUCCACUGGGGAGCGAAGGGGGAUCUCUCCAACCUUGAAUGAUAACACUUUAACGACUUUUACGACCAUUUGCUGGAAACAUCUGUCUCGCUAAAAGCAUCUGAACAAAGACCCAUAAACUUUGGGGAUUAACAUGUCACCUGCUGAUCCGCUAUCUUCGGAGCACACCUCUUAAACAGUCACACCUAAUU